GUAAAUAAAACAAAGAUGUGCUCGCGUUCUCCCAAAGAUAGAAGUCAUUCGCAUCGCCACUAUGACAGAAACUACAAGCAUAAACGUUCCGGGUCGUCUUCAUCGUCUGACUCCGCAUCGUCUGGCUCGUCCAGGCACGACAAUAGUCCAUCACUCAGGUCUAAUUUGGAAUGCUAUGGGAACAACCGCAGCUCGGGCUCACGUCGCCGUUCGCGUUCUCGCUCGCAGUCCCGAUCCAAGUCGCCUGGAGGACGACGUUAUCACUCUAAGCGCAAGUCGCAUGACCGUCAGAUUGAUGGAGGCUCGGAAAGUGCCAACAGGAACCGCUGCAUCGGUGUUUUUGGUUUGAGCACCAAUACUUCGCAGCAGAAGGUGCGCGAACUGUUCGGCAAAUACGGCCCGAUAGAGCGCAUUCAGAUGAUUAUCGAUGCCCAGACCAACCGUUCGCGUGGCUUCUGCUUUAUUUAUUACGAGAAUGUCGCCGACGCUCGUGUCGCUAAGGAUGCCUGCUGCGGCAUGGAGAUUGACAAUCGUCACAUACGCGUUGACUAUUCAAUAACCCAACGUGCCCACACUCCUACUCCUGGAGUCUACAUGGGGCGUUCGUCUCGCAACCAGAAUGGUCGCUCAGGUUCGCCGCGUGGUUCCCGUUAUCGCGACUACGGGUCUUCCUCAAACAAGGAUACCUACCGCAGUGGCGGUAACAACCGUUACGACCGUGAAUAUCGCGAUUACCGCAACCACCGCGACAACCGCAGCGAACGCGAAUACCAACGCAAUUAUCCGAAGAGCUCUGGCAGCCAUCGUUAUGUGCGUUCCCGUUCGCGUUCGCCAGUGCGCAAGUACCGCACCUCAUCCCGUUACGAUUAGAUAUACGCCAAUCGCCAAAGCCGUGCUCGUCGCCAGGGCCCAUCCGGAUUGGGUUUAUGUUGGGCCUCGGCAAAAAGAAAGCGAGCAUUUCUGACUGACUCACAACACUGGCGAGCAUUUGAAAAACUUAUAAUUCAUACAUCAUUCGAACUUUUAAUUCGUUGACUUCGUUGCUGUUGUUGCUGUUGAAAAACGUAGCUUGUAAAAAUCGAGAAUUAACACCCAUUACUUAUAGAAAUCUGCCACCGAAUGCGGACAAUGCACAACCGCAGCUUAAGGGGCUAGACACUCAUUGUGAUAUGAUAUUUAAGCAACAGCAACAGCACCUAAUAAUUAUAAUAAUAAACUUAACACACUAACCACCAUGCAUAUUAGAAUUAACUUUUAUCGCAACCAUCGUAAAUGUGCAAGUAGAAAAUAUUCGCUUGAGGAAUUG